ACUAAAGAACUAAAGUUGAAGUUGAAUUUUACUUUGCUUAUGAAUUAUUUCAAUUGUCACAUCUCAGAGGUUAUUGCUGGUGUGAAUAUGAAAUAAUUAUGAGCUUUUUCUCGUGAUCGGUGACAGGCGACAUAUACAUUUUGAGUUGAGUUUACGUUUUCUGGCAAGAAUGCGAAGUUGAGUUGAGGAUGUAAUUUUUCUAGAGAGUACCAAGAAAGAUGAAUAAUCAAAAUAUUUUAGAGGCAAAAUUAGAUAACGUAAAAAAUAUUUCAUCGGUGCUAAAAGCUAUCAACUUCAAAAACAGUGCCGUAUGUUUUGCUUCUGAUUGUGGGCUCAAAGUUGUUGCAGAAGAUGCAAAAUGCGUUCAAGCCAAUGCGUUCAUAGGAAGCGAUAUUUUUCAGGAGUAUAAAGUAACUAAUGAAGACGACACUGCUAUGUUUCGAAUAGACUUAAGCAUACUGGUCGAUUGCUUAACUAUUUUUGAUGGCUGUUCCACUGCAGCAGGAGCGACAACUGCGGUGAAGAUGUUAUAUGAAGGAUGCGGUAGUCCAUUGAAAAUCAUGAUGGAAGAGGAAGGCAUUAUUAUAGACUGCUCUCUAAGAACAAUGACUGAUUGUGAAACUUUAGAAUUUGAUAUAACUGAAGCUAACGUCACUUGCAAAAUCAUCUUGAAAGCCCAGGAUUUCAGAGAAAUAAUGGCGGAUUUGGACCAUACUUCUGAUUAUGUUGAGUUUUUAAUGUCACCGAAUGCUCCACACUUCAGAAUUACCACCGAUGGAUUAGCCGGAAAAUUUGAGGCAGAUAUUCCAAAAACGAGUAACAUUAUUGAGUCUUUUAUGUGUUCCAGUGAUAUACGAGCUCGGUACAAGUAUUCUCAAAUAAAACCUUGUUUAAAAUCUUUAGUUAUAGCAAACAAAGUCUCUGUAAGAAUCACUGAAGAAGGUUUCAUUUGUCUGCAGUUUAUGAUACAGACUGAAUCCAAACAGUAUUGUUAUGUGGAAUAUUAUUGUAUUCCUUGCGUUGAUGAUGAUUAGUUGAAUUUUGGACCUAAUUGUAUGGAGCAAUUUUAUUGUCGAUGCUUACUUAGAUUCCAACGAAGGAUGCGAACCAAAAAACUGUUUUCAUAGUUUUAAGUAAUCGUUCGGAAUAGAAUAAACCGAGAUUUCCUUAGGUAUUUUGGUGGUGCCAUACCAUUGCAUAUUAGUAAUAAUCAUUAUUAUUGUGAGUAGCCUAUAUUGAUAUUUUUUUCGUGUUGUCAAUAAAUUUAUUGUACGUAUUGUA